GUGUCUGUGUACGGGCGUUCAGCAUUUAAUUCUGUAGUCGGUAUCGCUAAUGAGACGUAGCGCUGCCGCGUAGAGUAUUUAUUAACAGGUGAUUUAGAAGCUCAAGUUUAGCUUUAGCUACGCUAGCUGCAGAGAACAAUGUCGUCGCCACCACACAGAAGACGCCUCUCUUUUACCUUUAUGGAAUAACUUGUUCACAGCAAGAAACAUUGGGAUGACUCUUUACACACCCUAAACACAUUUGGUGUUUGCAGCUGUGCAUACACUUUGCACAGGUUUGAACAGCGUGGCUUCCUUUAAAUGUCAGCAUGGACAUGAUGGACAACACCAAUGUCGCUGAUGAUAAUAAUAAUUCAGACGAACGGCAGAUGCCCUCAGAAGAGGCCGAGUCAAGUGUUAGGCCGACCUUGUCACAGGUUAGAAAGUCUUGGGGGUUUCGACGAACAACCAUUGCAAGAAGGGAAUUCAUGGAGGAGGUUGGAGACCUAACCUACAGUCCUCCAAUUGUUCGACGAGGCAGAAAUCGUCGAACUAACCAAACAGCAGCCCAGACCGCUACAGAGACCCCCACCACCCAGAAGGCUACUCGUACAGCAAGGAGUGUUAUUGAUGAACUUCAGUGGUCUGCCCCAUCCUCACCUGUCUCUGAGAAUAGCAAAACUGGUUCAGAAACUUCUGCAGGAGGCAGCCUUGAUCCCAGCUUAUGGCAGGAUUUUGGGUCUGCUUUCCACACUGCCUUCACACUGCUUGGGGGCAGUGAGGGCCUGUCACUAACAAUGUCAGAUGAACUGGCAGUUCCUGACAUUUUAGAAGCCACUGAAGCCAUUGAGUCCCCUAAUCCACAGGUUAUAGAUGAAACUGAGAUGGCUGAUAACAUGGAUGACAUGGAGAUUGUGCAGCCAGUUGCUUCUGACAAUGCAGAGGGAGAAGAGAUCCAUGAUGUGGUUUUAAUCUCAAGUCACGAAGAGGAUAGUGAUGAAAUGACUUUGCUACAGAUUAAGGAACAGCUGGCUUCUAAUAGCAGACAGGAAGACACGAAAGCUAGAGGAGGGAAAGGAGGAAAGGGAAAGGCCAGAGGAAAGGGGAGAGGUAGAGGAAGAGGUAGGGGCAAAGGUAGAGGGAGGGGUAGAGGAAAGGGGAGGGCUGUGGAGUUUCAGUCAACCAUUGCAGAUGAUAAGGACAGUGAUGAUGAUGUGGUGCUGGUUAGUUUAGCUGAGCAACAGCAUUUACAAGAAGUGGAAAAAGAAACUGAUCCACAAAGUCCUCCUGAAAAAGAGGGUUCGGCUGCUCUCUUUGAUACAGCUCUAAGUCCUGCUCAGCAAUCAAACUCAGACUGCAUGAUCAUAGACAGUGACUUUGAUCAGAUUCCUGAGCUAACUCCCGGUCAGUUUGAUGAAGUGCCGGAGGAGGAGGAGAAGAAAGAUGCUAAAAAUACAGAAGAGUUUUCAAGCAUAUCACACAAUGAAGGAUAUGACUCAAAUGCUCUGUUCUGCAUCUGCAGACAGAAACAAGAUAAGAGGUUUAUGAUCUGCUGUGACAGCUGCCAGGAGUGGUUCCACGGUGAAUGCGUCGGUGUCAGUGAGACGCAAGGCCGUCAGAGUAUGCAAGAGUACGUCUGCCCGCCUUGCACUAUAAAGAAACAGAGCCAGUCUGAGUCUCACCCUCAGCCAGACCCUGAGCUUAGCUUUCCUGAAUGCUUGACACAAAGUCCUACUGUUGAAGAAGGGCAAGAGGACCAGCAAACAGUUAAGCAGACUGUAGUGGUAGAGGAAGAAACAGAGGAGGAGGAGCAAGAGCAGGGUAUUGAAGCAAGGCCAGACCCUGAUGCUCAACCUGAAGCUGAACCUGAGCCUGAGAUGGAGAUGGAUAGCUCUCUUCCCGUGUGCAUUGGACCUGGUUGCUCUAAACAAGCACUGCCAGAUUCUGUUUACUGUGGCAAUGACUGCAUCCUUCAGCAUGCUGCUGUCACUAUGAAGACACUCUCUGGCCCUAAGGUGCCCAAAUCCAAAGGACGGGCACAGAGAAAAGCUUCCAUGUCCAGACCUGCUGCAAAGGCUCAAAGGUCAAGUCGGACAUCAAAGAGGCUAGCAGAAAAAGCUGAGCUGCGAGGUGAGGAGGAGAAAAAGGAGGAUGAUAGUGAGCAGGAGGCGGCUGCAUCUCCUGUCAUCUGUGACCCCAGACUCACAGAAGCUCAGGCUACCUCCACACCAGCAUCAAACUUACACACAGCGUCUAAUAAGGACAGUGAACAGGUAGAGGCUGAGAAGGAAGCUGUAUCUCCUUCAGCACAAUCUACAGAAGACCCUUCACCAGACACAAGUCUCCUUUCUAAACCUACCACUGAAGCAGCCCAGCCACAAAGCCACUGUGAAGAAGGAGAAAAGGAAACUGUAAACAGUGACUUGCCUAAGCAUCAAUCUUCAGAAUCAGAUCCCCUAAUAACACCUGCCCCAGAAAAAUCUAGCCUGACUCCAGCCACAUCGUCCCCAACCACCUCAGCGCGCAGACAUCAUGAGACUGGGGCUCUCAUGAUAACGAAGACCACAUAUGUUAUACCAAAGAAGCAGUCUGGAUCUCAGUCUCCAUCAAGCCAUACGUUAGUCUCAGCAUCAUCCCAGAAGCCGUCUUCAGCACCCACACCCCUGAACGAAACCCGAAAUCUGCCAGUGCCACCCGCACCCAGUGCACCCUCCUCCAGGCCCUCUCAACCCAAUAACCAGGUCAGACAGAGUAUCCAGCGCUCUCUCACCAGCAUCCUGUUCAAAAGGGUGUGUGAAUGUGAGGAUUUGGAGAUGUCUGAGAGCGAAGCUGCAAAGCUUGUUGCAAGCAUUGAGAUGGAGAUGUUUGACAUAUUUCGCAACACAGACAGCAAAUACAUGAACAAGUACAGAACUAUAAUGUUCAACCUAAAAGACCCAAGAAACAAGGGCUUGUUAUACCGUGUGGUACAUGGCGAUAUCAAUCCUUUCAGACUAGUUAGGAUGAGCCAGAAGGAUAUGCAGGCUACCAAGGCACCUGAGCCAAGUGUAAAAGAAACAACAGUGGUUAAGGAUACAGCUGCUAAAAUAAGUUUGCCCAAGCCUGAAGCAGUUAAGGUUGUUUUACCCAGUUUGAAUCCUGCUAAAUCCGACAGAAAACCUGAUAGCAUGGAACAGAAGAGAAGUCUUCCUGCUCCUGCAGUCAAGCCCAGGGCAAGCCAAACAAGCCAGGGCAAUGCAGUGCCAGAUGUUCUUGCCUGCAUGCUAAAAGACACAACAUCAGAGCACAAAGCUCAUCUAUUUGACCUAAAAUGCAAGAUAUGCACAGGCCAGAUGCAACCUAUGGAAGAGGAGGAACCUGCAAAGAAAAAAUCCAAGCUAUCUGUAUCCAGGGAUAAGCACGAACCAUCUUGGAGAAAGUCUGCAGGGGAUGACUCCCCACUUCUGGCGCCACCUGACUCUCCUGACAUGGAUUCUCCAGCAUCCAACCUAUUGGACCUUUCAUCCCAUUUCAAUAUUGAUUCUCCUGCACUGACUAUAGUGGAAUCACCUGCUUCUCCUAUAAUGGAUUCUCCAGCCUCCCCCACUUUAGAAUCUCCUGCUUCUCCUACCAUGGAGUCCCCUGCAUCCCCAACUCCAGAUACCUCUAAAGCUACUGCACCAAAAAGACCAUAUAUACCAGUUUUGGUUCCACCUGUUUCCACGGUAACCAUUACACAGCGUCGUGACCCCCGCACUGCAAACAGGUUCUCAGCUUCAUCUAGUAGCACCUUUGGUCCCAGUAACACAACUCAUAAACGGGCUGCUCCUUAUGCUCUUGUUAAAGAGAACAUUGCAUUGAACGUAGCAUCAUCACUACCACCAACCAAAACAGUACCUAAAUCCAUCUUAAUGAAGCCAUCUUCCACUGCUGAUCCCAGACUUUAUGGCCCACACUCGAGAACCGUGAUCUCUGAAUCCCCAGCUGAUGGUGAGACAGUUCAGUUCCUGGCAAAGCAGGAAAUACUGUGGAAGGGUUUUCUAAACAUGCUCACUGUAGCCAAGUUUGUCACCAAGGGAUAUCUGGUGUCAGGAUCUGCUGAAAAUCUUAAAGCGGAUCUACCUGACACUAUACAAAUUGGAGGACGAAUCAUGCCUCAAACAGUGUGGGACUACGUUGCAAAACUAAAGACCUCAGUUACAAAGGAGUUAUGUGUGAUCCGGUUUCACCCUGCAACAGAGGAAGAGGAGGUCGCCUAUGUCUCCCUUUUUUCCUAUUUCAGCAGCAGAGGUCGUUUCGGUGUGGUUGCCAAUAGCAGCCGUUCCAUCAAAGAUGUAUACCUUGUCCCACUCAGUGCAAAGGAACCAAUCCCAUCUAUACUACAACCUCUUGAAGGACCAGGACUUGAGAGAAACCGGCCCAAUCUCCUUCUUGGUCUAGCAAUCGUCCAGAAGGUCAAACGUCCAGGAAGUUUGCCACAGGAAAUGGAAGACAAAAGACCCAAAGUUCAUAUGUCCAAGGACCCUAUGUGGAUCCCAAAACCACCAGUCCUUUACGGAUCUGACAAAUUGGAGAUAUUCCAACCCUAUGAUCCAGAGACUCCUGCUAGUACCACCCCUCCUGGUUCACCAUCAUGCCCUGGGUCACCAACAGACUCUUCCUCCUCUAGCUCAGUCACCAUACCAUCUCUAUUAACUUCCGUUAAAGCAGCCCCUUCUGUUUCUACCUCAGCCACUAUUGCUGCAACACACUCCACCUUUAACAGCAGCUCUGAUAAAAAUCCCACUACUGCAUCCAGUGAUAAGACACCACUACAGACAAUCUUGAGUACCUUGUUUGGUAGUAAUCAGGCUGACUCCACUGUCUCUGAUGGAAGUUCUACAAAAACAACAGUAACUGCUAAGAAGAACCCAGUGCUUUCUGGAUCAGUGGUGGAUCCAAUUGUCCAACAGUAUGGACAGAAAACCAAAGCCAAGGAGAUUGAAGAUGAAAAUGACUUUGACCGACCAUAUGACCCAGAGGAAGAAUAUGAUCCAGCAAUGGGAUAUGCAACCGUUGCUCCACAGACCACAGAAAAAAUUAAAGCUGAUGCCCCAGCAUUAUCAAGCUUUGUGGAAGAUGAUGUGGCCUAUGAUCCAGAGGACGACACUAUCUUUGAAGAUAUUCAAAGUGAUACUCCUGUAGCAAAGCCCCCUGUUACAACUCAAACAUUUGAUUCUCCAUCAUGCCCAGCGACGGUUUCCACUUCUUCCCCAGCACAAACUUCUGCUCCAGUUGCAGUCAUGCCACACCUCCCUACAGGCACUGUGGUUAUCUCAGCUGCAACACUAAGUGAACAACAGAGGAUGCUUGAGGAACUCAAUAAGCAAAUUGAAGAGCAAAAACGGCAGUUAAAAGAGCAGGAGGAAGCACUACGUCAGCAGAGAGAGGCUGUGGGAAUGUUCAUGGCUCACUUUUCUGUUUCGGAUUCACUUAUGUCUCCCCCACAAAAAUCUUUGCCCCUUAACCAACUGUCCUCUCUGCAGAAAAGUAUUAUAAAAACGGAGUCAAAAUCUUCAGAAACAACAGACAAGGCCACCCCCCUUACAGAGACUGUGGACAAUUCAAAUUUGGAUUCACAAGCUGUGAAAGUAGAAGACGCAACACCUGUCAAAAAUUUAGGAAAUGAUACAGAUGGUGUUGCAAAGCAAGAUGAAACACAGAAAAGUGUGGAAUCUGACAAAUAUUCAUCUGCUGGAGAGAUUGAAGAUUCUGAUGUAGCUUAUGAUCCUGAGGAUGAAUCACUUUUCAAUGAAAUUCAAGAUGAUGUUUUUAAGGGGGGAACUGUAACAACUAUGGACUCUCUGUCUAGAGCAAGGUAUGGUGGCUCUCACAAGGGUAUGUCUCCAAAUUCAUACCACAGUAGAAAGCGAAGGUCAUCACCAAAAAAGCGGAGUCAUCGGGAAAGGGACCGCCACAGAAGUCCUUCAAGACAGUCACAGCAGCGUUCUCGUUCCCGGUCCCGAAGACGCCGAGAAAAGGAUAGACACAGAAAGAGUGAAAGAGACAGGUCAAGACACAGAGUUAGAGAUCCAUCUGAACGGCAGGGACGCCAUCGCAAAGAUCAUACCACACGCCGGCAUUCUCGUGGGCGUAGAAGAUCCCCAUCUUCUUCUAGAAAAACAGAAUCUGUGUCAGUUUCACCAAAACCGAACAGAGGACCCUUGCCUCAGGUCCCUGAGAAAUCAAAACAUGCAAGUGUUCCAUGCAGUUCUCUAGACUCUGCUGGACAAUUUGAAGAGAGUAACAUAUCACAUGUUACAAUCAAAAGUGAUCCAGAUGGACAAAAUUCAGAGUGUAAUCAUGUUGAGAGCUCUGAAAAACACUCACACGAACCUCUAUGUAAUGUGAAGCUUGAGAUUUCCGAACCACCAAAAUUUCAGGAGCUUCAAAAGAUUUCACUGAGUGACCAUGAUAUGACACAGCAAAAUAAACUUUAUAAACAGGACAAUUUGUUUCACAGCAAACUUGACAGUACAAUUCCUCUUAGAGAAAUUGAUCCACCUAUUCGAGAUUCUCCCCAAAGCCCAGAUCCAGAACCACAGUUUGUGAAACCUAGCAGCAUAGAAAAGCACGACUCUGUUAAAACUGAUGAAGUCAGCGAUUCAAGGGAAGAUAUUAGAGUCUUUGAAAAUAAUUGUUUGCCAAUUUGUGGUCAAGCAUUGGUGUCUGUUGGAGAUGUGAUCUCAAAUAUUAAAAGCAUGGAUUUUAGAGCAUUGAAUCUGCAAGCUUUUGGUGCCAAGGGACAAGGUCUGACAGAGACACAUAAUGAGACACUAGCAGACAAUCCUUGCUUCAAGCAUUCAGAAACAAAGGGUCAAGAGGGAGGAUAUUCAAAUCCAAGUACAAUCUUAGGAAUGAGAGAACAAGGUAUUCAACAUCAAAAUACUGUAAUAACUGGUUCAUGGCCAGCCUUGAGAGAUUCAGAAAUGAGGAGUGAAGCACAAGAUAGUAAAAAUGCUUGUGUGCCUUUUAUUUCUGGUGUAAAUGCAGAAAUAAAAUGCCCAAGUCCUGAUGUUAGACAAAAUAUUGUACCUACUGUUACAAAUUUGUAUAUGGGAGAGGCAAGCCUCCAGCGCGAAAGCCAAGUUAACAUCAUGAAGGGCCCUUUGUCUGACAGAUCUGCACCUGGUAAUGUUGGUCCAGGUCCAAGGGAUUCUUUAUCAGCUGUGUAUCAUCUAAAUACAGAUAUGAGGGGGCUGUUUAAAGUGGAUGAGAGAAACCAAAGUGUUAGUUCUCUGCAGGAAGGUUUACAGUGUCCAAAGACAAAUGAACAUAGAUCAGAGCCAGAAAACACAGAUAUCAGGAAAGAUGUGAUGAAAAUGGGAACAAAGCAGUCAUUUGGGGUUCCACAGGUAGAAGCUAUGGCUCCAGAUAGUAGUGGAGGUGGUAGAGGACAAAAAGAUAAAGAUGAAGGUCAGAUUUUUAGAUCUGAUGUAAGUGUUGGGAUGAGGGAGUCAAGUCCAUCCUUUAUGGGCUUAGGAAGACUUCCUAGGCAAUCAAGACAUGAUGGCAGUAUGGCUUUUGAAGAAAGGUGCCCCCGUAAAAGUACUCUUCAGCCACAUGACACAAAUGCAGACUUUGGCAAGCUUGGUGGCAGUCAUGCAGAUGCAGUCAAUUCAAACAUGUUGAAUUCAGAUUGGAGAGGUCAAGGACUAAGGGAUCUUGGUCCCGGGAUAAGGGGUCAGGGGAAUCAAAAUAAAGUUCUGGGUCAAAAUAUAAGUGAUCCAGAUUGGAAUGGCCCAGGAUCAGACAUAAGAGAUCAUUGGAGAGGCCUAGAUAGGAGAGGGUCAGAUUCAGUCAGGGAAGCGCCAGUGGUACGAGAUGAAUGGAGUGUCCAUCUGUCUGACAGAAGAGGUUCACACAUGGAAAGCCAGGGACCUUACACAGGAGGGAGUGGAGGCCCAGAAUUCGGACAACCAGUGGCUGAAAUGAGAGGUCCAAACAUGCAGUAUCCAAAGCUUAAUAGUGGAGGACCAGAGGACUCGCACCUCAUGGAAGGAGGACUUAAAAGGAUAGGCCCCAUUAUAGACAAUCAAGGACCUGACUUAGGAAUACCAGGGGCUUCAGAUUUUGUGGGACCAGAACCUAAAAGAAGUGUAGCCAUGGAGGUUGCUGGACCUGACAGAAGAGGUCCUGUGGGUCCACAUUUUAGAGGAUUAGGACCUGAGAGAAAAGGUCCACAUAUGGAGCAAAACGUACAUGACAUCAGGGGUCCUGGAGGUCCAGAUUUCAGGGGAACCUGGGGUGAAAGGAUGGGUCUGGAUAUGGCUGGUCCAGGGUCUGACAGUAGAGGUCCAGGAAUUGAAAGGAGAGAUUCCAUGGAGGAUCCUGGGACUAAUAGGAGAGGACCUGGGGGUCCAGAAUUUAAAGGACCAGGGCAUGAGAGGGGAAAUAUGUCUAUCGAAGGUCCUGGACAUGAGAAUAGACGACCUGGAGGUCCUGGGUUCAGGGGACCAGGACCUAUAGAAGGUUCUGGGCCUGAGAGAAGAGGACCUGGAGGUCCUGAUAUCAGCAGAUUAGGGUCUGAUUGUAGAGGUCUUGCUAUGGGGCCUGGCAGAGUUUCACAAGGUCCAGAUUUUAGUGGGCCAAUGCAUGAAAUACCAAGUUUUCCUAUGCAUAGCCAAGAGCCUGAAAGGAGAGGACCUGGAGAAAUAAACACAGGUGGACAGGGUCCUGACAGGAGAGGUUCACAUAUUGGUGUUGCUGGGUCUGAAAGAACUGGUCCAGGUGUGGGAGAUCUAGGGCCUCACAACAGAGGACGAGGUGGACCACAUUUCAGGGGUCGUGGAAAAGAAGUUGGGUAUCAAAAUAUGGAGAUUCCAGGGCCUCAUAGGAGGGGUCCAGAAUUUUGUGCACAGCGGUUGGAAAGGCCAGGUUCUGGUGUGGAUCCUGGGCCUGACAGAAUAGCUCUAGUAGGUCCAGACUACAGUGAAAGUGGUCCAGAAAAAAGAUAUCCAGAUACGGAGGGCUCAAGACCAGGAUGGAGAAAAUCACAUGGCCCUGAUUUCAGAGGUCCAGGCUACAAACAUGAAAGUUCAAAUACUGAAGAUCCAAGACAUGGGGGAAGGGAUGACUGGGUAGCAUGUGAACCUAUUCAAGAAAACCCAGAUUACCAUGCCCCAGAACCUGAUAGAUUGGGCCAGAGCUUUAGAGGUCGAAGGCCUAUGAGGAAAAACAUCAGAAGACCAGGGCCCGGCUUCUGGGGUUCUGCUCCUGAGACGAGAGGCCCAGACACAGAGGAACAAAGGUCAUAUCAAAGAAGGACAAAUAUAGAAUUCUUAGGACAAGACGGAGAAUGUUCAGUGGAUGACUGGGAAACAGAUGCUAGUAAAGGAUUUGGACCUAUCCAAGAGGGUCAAGAUGAACAGGACCAAGAAGAUAUUAGUCAAGGCCUAUUUAGUGAAUGGAGAGGCCCUGAAAGUAGUGGACCAGGUCCCAUGCAGAAUAGACCCAAUAUGUUAUUUCAAGGACCUUUAAGGGGUCGUAGACAUAACUGGAAUGCUCCUGGCAGCAGAAGUGCAGGGCCUGUUGAAGAAAAUCCAGAUAUGGUAUGCCCAGGGCCAAAUAGGGGAGGUCAUGGAAAUGAAUGGACAGAGCUUGAUAGAGAGGGUGCUGGGGAAUUUUUUACAGGAGAAAGAGAUCUAGACAAUAGAGGACAAGACAGGAAAGCAGGGCCAGGAUCACAUAUGCACAAUCAUCCAGAUAUGGGAAAUGACUGGAGGCCGCCAAGUGUCAGGGGGAAAAUGAGAGGGCCAAACACUGAAGGGCGUGGGGCUCUCAGAGGAGGUGAUAGAAGACCUCCAGCAGGUCGAGAUCUAGGACCCCCAGGACCUGCAAACAGAAAUCUAAGCAUUGAAGCUCCAAGGUGUGAUGGGAGAUUUUCAGAUAGUGGUGAUCUAAGAUCUGAAAGGCAUAAUGUAGAACCUGAAAAUCCUGAACCAGGUAGACAAGGAUUUGAUUUCAGAAGGGAAAGUAGAGGUCCAAAAAUGAGAAGUUUGGGGCCCAAUAAAACAGACAGCAGGGGACCAUCACCUCAGCGUUCAGAUUUUAGAAAUGGACCUGGUAGGUGGGAUGACAACACUAGGUCUGAGCCAGAUCCAAAUAUUGACAUGCAGGUGUCAGAUAUAAGGGGGGCAGGUUAUGUUAGUAGGGGCCCAAAUAUAAGGGGGAGAGAUCCCAGGCAGAGAGGUCAAACACCCAUUAAUGAAAGAAGAGGUCCUCAUCCCAUUGCAAGAUUCCAACAUCCUGGAGAUCCACAUUUGGCACAGUUUAAUAGGCCCCGUGGCCCAGGUCCAAAUAGCGGAGGAAAACCAUUCCCUGGUUUUGAAAACCCACAAAAUCAGCAAGCCAUAAGACCUCAAAGACACAGAGGUGCCUUACUUCCCACUCCAAAAGAAGGUCUCAUACGUUUCCCAAAAAUAUGAUUGCUUGGAUUUUGGCAUGAAACUAAAACACAUUUCCAACAGACAGAGCAGAGUAGAUGUAGGUAAAUUGAUAACAUGUAAAUAAUGGGUAAAACCUGCUUGUAAGAAAGAAGAAAGAAAAUAGCACACCUAAAGGUCCAGUCAUAAGGGAAGGAGAAACAAAGGAUAAGGUUGAUUUGGGGGAAAAAAAAAAAUGGUUUUCAGAAUAAAAACAAAAAAACAAUUAACCUCUAUUAUCAGUGUUGGAAAUUAAAGCAAUGGUGAGCCAGAUUAGUCACUGGGAAAAACAUGCAGACCUUUAAGGACCUAAAGCUGAAGAAUCAGACAUCUAAAAUUGCUUGCAUUGUUAGACUUGACAGAGAUACCUAAUCAUAAUGCCCAAUGAAUGUAUUUCUUUUCUCACUGAGAGUGACUACCCAUGUGCUUGUUAAAUUUUAAUAUGACAUACGGGCAAAGCCAUGCAAAAAAUCCAACUUUGUAACUUGAUAGAAAAGUGCUCAGAGAUGACCAUUUAAGUUUAUUGUGUUGUAGUUUUUCUGUUUUCAAAGUAGAUGCUUUUAUUAUUGUUUUUUGAUUAUCAGUAAAAGUCCUGCUAAAUCUAAUUUUCAGUUGUAAAUGUAACUUUAUUUGUAGCUUGACAAAGUCAUAAAUGUUUUGUACAGAAAAUGUACAGUUUUUCUGUGUUUUUUUUAAUAGCCAGUAUGGUAGCCCUCAUUUUCUUUUAUGAAGUUCUGUUGGUUAAAAAUGACCCGUUCCAUUUCUUUUAGAAUGCAAGAAGUCAAUAAAGUAACACACUUGAUAUGAAGUCUUAUUUUGUCACAUUUAGAUUGAUAGCUUAAAACCAGUUAAUUUAACAAGCAAAUCUCAUAUCAAAGAAAAGUGACAGUUUUACUACCUUUGUGGCAAUAAAUGAUUCUGAGACAUAAAAAUUGGAUUAUUUUAUUUAAAUACAAACUGCUAAAACUAUUUGGUGAAACAUUUCAGAUCUUCUGAUGACUGUAAAGAUUUCUCAUGACUCUGAGGUAAUAAUUGUUACUGGUUGUCUUGUAAAGUGGGCGCUGAUUCUCACACACACACACACACACACACACACACACACACACACACACACAAUGGAUUCAAACUUCAGGCAAUUAAGGUAAUACUUAAUUAGUUUUUACGUUUUUGAGGCCUCUUGCUGGGUAGUGUGGAAAUCACAAUAAGCGAAGGUGGGUCUACAUAUCUUCUGUAACCCUCCACAUGUGUAAAACUUGCAUUGCAGGAGUCUAGUUUAACUCAAGCAUUGUUACUACUCUUCUGUUGUUUUCUGUCAUUUUACUUAGAAUUAAUUUCUCUGUUUUCCAUAGUAGUGUGAUUCUCAGGUCUUAAGAGAUAAUAAAGUUUGAAUUGCAACUGGAAAUAAUCUUUUAUUUAAAAUAAAUAAGGAAGCCAUUACA